AUGAAUCGGUCAGGAUUGCUGUUGUUGUUCAUUGGACUGGCUGCUUGCAGUCCUCCUGUGACGAAGAGCAAGGAGAAGAUUGAAGAGUUCAGGCAGUACUUAGAAAAUAGCAGAAUAGAUGAUGGAGUUCUUCUGGAAUCCCGUAAACUAGCUGGUCCAGAUGCACUGGCAUGGGAAAACAGUGGCAAGUACCAGGGAGACAUACUCCUUGACGACUCGCAGCUCGAAGACUUGGUGGCUGACUUCGCUGGGGUCAGUGAUAGCGGCAACAGGAACGCUUUCAUCGUAGCUAAUACCAGAUGGCCGAGCAAUAUCAUGAUCUACCAAAUAGGAGCCAAUGAGUUCAGUAAGUACAAGCUUUUAUACUCUCAACAACAAGCUAUCCGGACUGCUAUGAGUUGGAUCGAGCAUUUCUCCUGCGUUAGAUUCCGCAGACGCACCAACGAGAGAGUCUUCGUUCGUAUGACGGGCAAUCCAACUGGCUGCUACGCUCAUGUUGGCUUCUCCACCGCCCAUCCCAACCGUGUGCUGAACUUGGCCAGAAACUCAGCUCACUGUUUCAGACACGUGGUCAUUAUCCACGAGUUGCUCCACAGCCUUGGUUUCCAACACAUGCAUCAAACACACGAAAGGGAUACGUACGUUCGCAUCAACUGGAAUAAUGUAAUAUCUGGUCAGGAGUUUGCGUUCACAAAAUACAACCGUAACCAAGUCAGCCUUCACGGGUUGCCCUACGAGUAUACAAGCGCUAUGCACUACCACAACCAAGCGUUCAGUCGCAACCGGCAACCUACCAUUACAGCACUUAGGACCUUCAGUGGUACCAUGGGUCAGAGAGAUCACGCGACUUAUUGGGACUGGUUAAGGCUACGUAGGCACUACAACUGCCCCGGAGCUUGGACCCGUAGCACACAGGAUCUGAAGGACGAAGUCGAACGCACACUGCCGCUGAUAAAAAUGAAUUUGCCGGCUCCCGAACGCGGACCUUUUACUGACGUGGAUAACGCGUAUGUCGAGGCUCUAUUAACCACAGUUGACGAAGAUACAAACAACGAAAACACAUUUAACGAAGAAGUUGAAAAUUUUAACGAAGAUACUGUCAACGAAGACUAA